AAGCCUCAACACUCAGAAAAGGGUCGAGAGUGUUCUGCAUUUUUUUUUUUUCCAAUCACAAGCUUGCCACAGCAGACUAAUUAUAAGACGGAAGAGAAUGGGAAGCGCACCGGCACAAAUUCCGACUAGCUUUGGUCAUGAGCUGAGAGCUUGUCUUCGUUGCCGGCUCGUUAAAACCUACGAUCAGUUUAGAGAGUCUGGAUGCGAGAAUUGCCCAUUCUUUAAAAUGGAUGAAGAUCAUGAGCGUGUCGUCGACUGCACUACCCCUAACUUCAAUGGAAUAAUUUCUGUAAUGGACCCAAGUAGAAGCUGGGCUGCUCGCUGGCUGAGAAUUGGAAGAUUCGUUCCCGGUUGUUACACUCUUGCUGUCUCAGAGGCACUGCCAGAAGACUUGCAGAAUUUAUGUGAAGAUGAACGUGUGCAAUACAUUCCACCAAAACGUGUGUGAGGGUAAAGUUGAAUUUUUAUUUUUGUCGAGUUGAAUCUCCAACUUUGUGAGACAGGGUUUUCUCAAGUGAAUGUCCAGUCAGUAUCUUUUCUAAGCUUACCUGGCUGCUAAUGCAAUUUGCACUUGUGGGCAAUGUUUCGUGAGAUGUAAUCAAUUGAAAACUACAUUUGAAACUGUAUUCCUUAGUACUUGAAUACUCUUACCCCAUUCACUAUAUGUAAAUAUUUUUCAAGGAAAAUAUUUUUUAAAUGACUUAUUUUUCA